ACCAGCCCCCAGCUUGGAGUGUCCGGCAGGACAGUGACGGAACAGGACAGGAGCACACAGCUGGUGACAAGCCCAUGAGCACAGCUCACGUCUUGCCCUGCCGCAGUCAGGUUAUUUCAAGAAAUUUUCCACCUUUCCUGCUCUCCUACAUUUUUCUUUAUUCUGUAAAAUGGAGGAGAAACCCCCAAGACAGCCCAGGGUGGCCUGGGAGGAGGUGGUGGCCCCUCAGGAGAGCAGCUCUGCAGCCGAGCCCUACGAGGUGACCAUGGUACAGCCACAGCAGCCCAGUGCCGUGUACACACAGGAAGCCAAGGACUUCAUCCAGGCCUUUGUCAGCAGCCCUGACCAGCUCCAGGAUGAGGACCUGAAACUGAAGUUCCUUGACAGCGUCUGCACCCUGUGCAGAGAUGCCAAUGAUGGUGGCUUGUCCCAGGACCUGGAUGUUUUCUGCCACAAAUACAAGCUGGGAGAGAUGAUCCAGGUGCUGCUGAAAUUGGAACCCAAGAACAAGAUUCGCACAGAGGUGCGGCGGCUCGCCAUGCUCGCCCUCGCUGGACUGAGCAUGUUGGGGAUGGUCCUGGAAAAGAGAAAACUGUUAAGAGCAUGCUUUGAGAGCAUCUUUUUCCUUCCUCCAAAGCGGGAAAUGCAGAGUCUGGAAGCGUCUCUCUUUGUUCGGACUCUGCAUGCCAUGGACACUAUGCUGGAGGUGAUGGUGCUCAGCUCUCCUGCCUCCAAAACCAUCAAGAUUCUUCAGGACAUCUUGGAGGAACUGCUGGGCUACAUUGCCAGAGUGGCUGUGCAGGAGAGGGUCCUGGGCAGGGUUAGGCGGCUGAGCCGUUUGCUGGCCAACUCUUCCAAUGCUGGGCAAAAUGAGAACAGAGUUGCUGCCAGUGGACAGGUCCAGAUCCCAGUCCUUGGGAAGCUGCUGGGACAUCUCCUGUUCAAGUCUUUCAGGACAGAAAAGACAAGCUCUAUGGCUCUGGAUGGUCUCCGCUCUCUCUUCACAUUCACCUGUCAUCAGAAAGGUGCCACACUGCCAGAGGUUCAUGCUGAACUUCCAGCAUACUGGGAAUCUGAGAUCAUCUCCUUGCUGAAUACACCCAGCACCUGGAGAGUUCAGGCAUUUGAGAAAUACCUCAGGCCUGCUGAGAGGACAGGUGUCGUCCUUGUGGCCAUUGAGAUCUUGGGACGCUCCAGCCUCCAGGAGAAGCAAGCGCCAAUGGAGUUUCUGGAGGUGGCCAUGAAAUUCCCUGAGCUGUGGCUAAUGGAUGUGCCAAAGGUGGUGAGACACAUCUUUGCGUACUGUGAUGAAAAAAACACAAUAACCGCUCACAGCUUUUGCACACUGCUUGACCUGAUGGCAAAUAAGUGGCCUGGGCUGGUCGUCGCAACAACUCUGAAGGUUGCACCAAUAUUCAGCAACAAAGUCUAUCUGUGGAAGGCGAUGUUCUCUGUGCGCCAGACUCUGGAGAAGGUUUUGAAGGAGCUGCAAAUCCAGCUCCAGGACUGGCAUAGCAACAUCUUCACUCAGCAGCAGAAGUCUUGCCUCACAUUCUUGUCUAUGCUGGUCUCUGAUGAUGUGGAUGAAGAUGAACUGGAUCCAUUGUACAAAGAGUUGAGAUCUCUGAAGUAUUCAGGAAUGGAAGUGGUCUCUUUGGUUCUCAGGGCCCUUGUGACACUGUCAGAGAGAGCUGAGACGGCAAGAAAAAUAAAGCAAGUCCUCCGAGAGUUCCUGAAAAUCCGAUGGGAAUGGUCUUGGGACAUUUCAGUGAUGGUCAUAGACAUCUUCCAAAAUGUGCUAGGGCACCUGAAGAAGAGAGAGGUCAGCCACAUGGCUGUGAAGGUGGUGCAGAAUCUCUGGCAGCUCUUUGAUGCGAAGGAAGACUGUGUGCGGGAGCGCUCCAUCUGCCUCUUCAGAGACCUGCUGGGCAAAACAUUGUGUGAGGACAAGUGCAUCAUGAAGAAAUAUGCAUGGAAGGCCCUGGUCUGCCUCCUCCUUCACAUGAGUGACCAGGCCCCCAAUGUGGCCAAGGCCUCCAAGGAAGCUGUCGUGGCUAUAGCAGAGUUCCUCAAGUGGAAGGAGCUCAAGCACCUGGCGCAGACAGAGCAGACAUGGAGGAUGGGCGAGUGCUUGCUGGCCAAGGACAGCAGCAGUCCUGAAUGGUUCGUGUGGGCCAGCCAGCCCUACCUGCUGAGCCCUCAUGCCCCCAUGCGAGAGAUGGCCCUCAGGUUCAUUGGGCUGGCUGCGCGGCACCUGACAAAGCAGACUGAGGACACCCUGGCUGAGGUCCUCUUGGAACUUGAAAUACUGGAAACAACAGAGAAGGAUGCCUCCAUCCGUUGCCUGGCAGCUCAGACCAGCUUGAUCCUGAAGUCUCUAAGCAAGCAGCGAAGAUCACGAUUCUCCCUGUGCAGGCUGUGCUGCUGGCGCCGCUGAGCAGAGAGGGACCUUCACAUCAGGCUUGUCAGGGGCACAAACUCAAACACCUGCUGAAUCAUGAGGUGUGAAAAGGGUGCCCUGGCUUUCUAAGGUCCUUCUCAAAGCAUAGCCCAGCAUUUCAAUGACCGUUGACUCUGCCAUUGCCCUGACCAGUAGGGAUCCAUUCCCUAUCACAUCUUGCCAGAGCUUCUCUGGCUCUAUCACUUCAGCCUGUGACAGGAAUGGGUCACACCCCGGGAGCAGGAUGACCCCAGGUGUGACUAGAGCACUUGCUCUACGGCGUUUUGGCUGUCAGACUGCACUCUGAGGAGACAAGGAUGAGAGGGAAG